GCAUGGCUGCCCACUGCGCAUGCGCAGAGCCCGGUGUCCGGUGUCAGACUGACAGCAGCUGUUGAGACCGUGCACACGGGGACCGUAGCUGAAGGAAACACACCGAGAAUAACCGAGUGGACCCGGUACUGACCCGGGACAGACCCGAUACUGACCCAGGAUAGACGGACAGAACCUGAUGAUGCUAACAGACCAGCAGCUGUUUUGUCUCGGGUUAAGGGCUAACUGACAGGCAGGCCACGCCGCACGCACUGACCCUUUCCGACCCGGGUUAGAUUCUGGAGCAUCUGACCCGCCUACAGCCGGACCUCUCUCCCGGGGUUGCAGCCCGGUGUCUGGAGGAUAUCAGCUGGCUAACGGAGGCUAAAGCUAGCCGUCACAGAACCGUCAGACCAGUCGGGAUAGUUCGCUCUGAUCCGGCUGGGUUCGUGGACCGGAAGCCAGGAUGUUGAUAGCAGCCGUUGGAGCAGGAAGCGGAAACGCCGCCACCACAGGCAAGAAACACCGCCGCAGAGGAAAGAAAAACCGGAGAGUCCGAACAGAUGAGAACCGGCCUGAUGACCUCUGUGACCUUCAGAAUCUAAACAACAACAGAAGCCCCCCACCAAUAUCACCCACCUCUGCGCCAAACACCCAUCGGAGUCCUCCAGAGUCCACUCAUCUAUUCCCCCAGAGUCCUCCAGAGUCCACCCAUCUACUCCCCCAGAGUCCUCCAGAGUCCACUCAUCUACUCCCCCAGAGUCCUCCAGAGUCCACUCAUCUACUCCCCCAGAGUCCUCCAGAGUCCACCCAUCUACUCCCCCAGAGUCCUCCAGAGUCCACUCAUCUAUUCCCCCAGAGUCCUCCAGAGUCCACUCAUCUACUCCCCCAGAGUCCUCCAGAGUCCGCCCAUCUACUCCCCCAGAGUCCUCCAGAGUCCACCCAUCUACUCCCCCAGAGUCCUCCAGAGUCCACCCAUCUACUUCCCCAGAGUCUUCCAGAGUCCACCCAUCUGCUCCCCCAGAGUCCUCCAGAACCCACCCAUCUGCCCCCCCAGAGUCCUCCAGAACCCACCCAUCUGCCCCCCCAGAGUCCUCCAAAACCCACCCAUCGGCCCUCCAGGAGUCACCUAGAGCCCACCCAUCUGCCCCACCAGAGUCCUCUAGAGACAUCGGCAGGAAGCUCAGCUGCAUGUACACAAGGUGUCCAAGAGUCCACCAAAGCUAUCCAAAAAAACCUGCCCCAUACCAGGUUACCCACUGAAACCCCUCCACUUCCCCCCCAGAGUGUCCACAGAACCCCAACCGAGCCCCUUCUGAACCCCCCCAACAUCAAGACCUCCUUUAAGGAUAUGGCAGAUACCCCUAGAGCCACCCUGAGAGACCCUGUGGUCAGCCAAUCACCUCCCUCCAGAUCUCUAGACCCCGACCACAGUCCCAACCAAUCACCGCCCUCCUCAUCUCUAAAACCCUCCCAGAGUUCCUGCAAUUUACAGCCGAACACUAAUAGCCAGAAUUCCUUUGACUUACCUCAAAGAACCUAUCAGAGUCUCACUGACAGCCAAUCAGAUCUCUCAAUAUCACCCCCAGCCUUACCACUCAGUAUUACCAACAAUCACUCCAAACUACCAUCACCCUUACAUCCUGUGAAAGCUCCUCCCACACCUCCAUUAAGCCCCUCCCCCUUUCUGUUGCCCUCAGUGACCUUCACCUCCAGUGCCUCCUCCCACCCUUUCUCCCCCGCCUCCUCGUCCUCCUUCCUUUACUCCCUCGACUCUCUUGCGCCUCCCGUUGGUCUCCUUCCCAUGAUUUCAUCGGCCACCCCUCAGCUGACCACGCCCCCUCCACCAUUUAGUCCACCCCCUCCUGAGUUAACCCCGCCCCCUGUACAGUUGCUGGGCUCUGAUGAUGAAGAGCAGGAAGACCCGUCUGAUUACUGUAAAGGUGGAUACUACCCGGUGAAGAUCGGUGACCUGUUCAAUGGGAGGUACCACGUGGUCCGCAAACUGGGCUGGGGACAUUUUUCUACAGUGUGGCUCUGCUGGGACCUUCAGAGGAAGCGUUUUGUGGCGUUGAAGGUGGUGAAGAGCGCUCCUCACUACACAGAGACGGCACUGGACGAGAUCAAACUGCUGCGAUGUGUGAGAGACAGUGACCCGUCUGACCCCUUCAGAGAAACUAUCGUCCAGCUGAUCGACGACUUCAAGAUCUCUGGAGUGAAUGGAGUCCAUGUGUGUAUGGUGUUGGAGGUUUUGGGUCAUCAGUUGUUAAAGUGGAUCAUCAAGUCGAACUACAUGGGGCUGCCUCUGGUCUGUGUGAAGAGCAUCAUCAAACAGGUCUUACAGGGUCUGGACUACCUCCACACUAAGUGUAAGAUCAUCCACACUGACAUCAAACCAGAGAACAUCUUAUUGGACGUUGACGAGGUCUACAUCAGACGACUGGCAGCUGAGGCAACCGUCUGGCAGAGAGCUGGAGCCCGGCCCCCUUCUGGGUCAUCAGUUAGCAUGGCUCCCAGGGAUCAUCAGAUGGGUAAGCUGUCUAAAAACAAGAAGAAGAAGUUAAAGAGGAAGGCGAAGCGUCAGCAGAGGCUGCUGGAUGAGAGACUGGUCGACAUACAGAGGUUGGAUGAUGGCGAGGGUGUGCCUCAUCCUGACGACACCGACAGUAACUCAAACACUAAAGGGAGCCCGGAGUCUACCUGUUCCUGGCUGGAGGACAGGUGUAAUGGCCACACCCCCGGACGGUUCUCCAGCCCUGCAUCCGGCCUAUCGGGGUUCUCCAGCUCUGUGAUGUCGGCAACAUCCGAGUCAGCACUUUCUACCCAAUCAGGAUGCUCGAGUGGACAAGACGUCUUCAGUGCGUCAGACUUCGUCCUCAGUCCGUUGGAUCCUCUGAACGCUCACAAGCUCAAAGUGAAGAUCGCUGACCUCGGAAACGCCUGCUGGGUGCACAAACACUUCACAGAGGACAUUCAGACUCGUCAGUAUCGAGCUGUGGAGGUUCUGAUUGGAGCAGAGUACGGAACUCCUGCUGACAUCUGGAGCACUGCCUGCAUGGCGUUCGAGCUGGCGACAGGUGAUUACCUGUUUGAACCUCAUUCAGGAGAAGAUUACACCCGAGAUGAAGAUCACAUCGCUCACAUCAUGGAGCUGCUCGGCCCGAUUCCUCUGCCCUUCGCUCUGUCUGGCAGGUACUCCAGAGAGUAUUUCAACAGGAGAGGUGAGACUGUGUGUGAGCUGCGGCACAUCUCCAGCCUAAAGCCGUGGGGUCUGUUUGAAGUCUUGUUGGAGAAAUACGAGUGGCCGUUGGAUCAGGCGGCUCAAUUCAGUGACUUCCUGAUGACCAUGUUGGAGCUGCAGCCUGACCGCCGAGCGACGGCCGCGCAGUGUUUGCAGCACGCCUGGCUGCACACAUAAACACACAGGACGACACACAAUACACACACACACUUAGUCUGGGAGCGUUUGAAGUGUUUCACUUUAUAUUCAGAGGGAAACGAACACAACUGUCUGAGCUGAUUCUUACACUGACCUACUGACCUCUGGCUGAAUCCAAACGUCUGAUUCUCACGAUGCGUUCACUGUCAUCCCGUUAAACAGAUAUAAAGCUGGGUUUGCUACAUUGAAAGUUCAAAUGUUUAUUAUUAACGCUCCUUUUAAUGUCACGCUGUACCGUUGUAUUAUUGCAGUUUCUUUCUUUGAGUUCUGAUCCUGUAAAUGUUGAAGAGCACUCCUCUUCAGGUGAGGUGUUCAGGUGUUGUUUGGAUUCAGCCUGAGCUCUGUUUCCUGUUCUUCACACUUCAGCUUCUUUCUCAAACUUUUCUCGUCUUGUUUCUUUUUUUCCGACUCUUGUUGAUUUCAUUUUCUCGAGUUAAUUUGAACUUCACUUCUCGCUGUUUAUGAAAGUUAUUGGUUACUGAUCAGAGACUCCUGAAUGCCUGUGAUGAUGAAAGUCAGCUUUGGAUUGGACGUAAACACUGUAGCUUCCUGUUCGCGCCUGAACCUCUCAGUUACUGAUGACAGUAUUUUUCUCCGGAGGGGCGUGGUCCUAGGAUGGCCUCUGACCUCCUCACCUGUAUUCAUGUAAUAAAUAGUGCCUUGAAAUAACCUCUGAACCCCCCCCACCGCCUACCCCGCUUCCCUGUAUCGAUGACAUCAGCAGUGACAUCACCAGAGACAAAGUUUUUUUUCUACGUGUCUGUCAGUGUGAAAUGUCUGCCGUCAAAAUAAAAAUUUCUGAAUUUUGA